AUGUCACCGACAACAUCCAUCAAGUAUGGCAUAAUCCAUCUCGCCGAUGCAGUGCAAACGCAUGCGCGGUUACCUCUACAUCAAAACAUGGGCAACAAAGUCAUCAUCACAACCAAAUACUCAGUGGAGGAGCAAGAGGUCACGAGCGUGCAACAUAGCUUGAGUAUCGAGAUCAUGGAUGAAAGGGCGGUGAAUUGCUGGUAA